AGGCGCCACGCCCGCCCCUCCAUACAUGAAGCACGGUUACAGAGGGGGCGCCUGAGGAGAAUUGCUGGCGGUCGGCGCAGCCGCCCGCCGCGUUUUAUGCAACCAGUCUUGCUUCGGAGCGAGCGAAUCCACUGCCCCGGCCUUUGACAGACGGGGUAGCGUGUGCAGUGCCAUCAGUAUUGUCUGUCGUCGUCCGUCGGCCGUCUUUCAGCCCGUGUUCUAAGUACGUACGACUGGUAACGUGCGUGCUCACGGCUCUUCGGCGGAAGAACAUCACACACCGGCCCCACGAUCUAGUUUCACGCUGUGCUUUUCAGGCAGGUCACGACGGAGCCUACCUACGAGCCUGACAUAGUACUACACCGCUAUUGUUUUCUCGUGCGCGCUGACUUUGCCGGUGAGGCGAGCGAGGGAACAAACUCAGCGCACUUCGAACGACAACGAGGCGGUGUCGGCGGUGUUCGACCGAUAUCGUAUCGCUCUACGUAGAGCUGCGCGGCACGUACGAUUCACGAUCGCACCCCACAGUCGUACGCUGUAGGCUCGUGUCUGCCGACGGAGUGUCAGUGCGACGAGUCGGUUGGUGUUCUGACACACGGGUGCAUUAUCUAUGACUGUGUGUGCGUGCAUAUGUGCGUGACGUGUGCGUAAAGGCAAGAGAGCGACGGACUGGCGGUAAACGCGCACGAGAGAGAGAGGGACGGGCGCGACGACGAUGCGGCCGUGAAUCCUCGGUACGUGGCUGCGCUCACGCCGCGCGUACUCUCGCAGCAAGACACGAAUACAACGACGACGUCGACGGGGACUACGGCAGGAGCGACAGAGAAAGGCGCGUACUCGCACGCGCUGCGAAUUAUCACGCAUUUGCGUAACUACAACGCGUCUCUCGGCGCGUGCAGGCUCCUAACUCGGUCGACUCCUUCGACCUCCUCCUCGUCGUCACUAUGGCGGACGACGAGGUUCUCUUCGAUGAUGUUUACGAGCUCUGCGAGAUUAUCGGCAAGGGACCAUUCAGCGUCGUUCGGAAAUGCAUUCACCGUCAUACCGGGCAGACUUUUGCCGUAAAAAUCGUCGAUGUGGCAAAGUUCACUUCUAGUCCCGGGCUCAGCACAGCGGAUUUGAAACGGGAAGCUACAAUAUGCCAUAUGUUGAAACAUCCGCAUAUUGUGGAACUGCUGGAAACCUACAGUUCCGAGGGCAUGUUAUACAUGGUCUUCGAAUACAUGGAUGGCUCUGAUUUGUGCUUCGAGGUUGUAAGACGAGCAACUGCUGGAUUCGUAUACAGCGAGGCAGUUGCGAGUCACUACAUGCGACAGAUCCUCGAAGCGUUGCGUUACUGCCACGAGAACGACAUUAUUCAUCGUGACCUGAAGCCGCAGUGCGCCCUUCUAGCUGGCAAGGAAAAUUCCGCCCCGGUGAAGCUGCGCGGCUUCGGCGUCGCCGUGCAACUCCCGACCUCGCAGUCUAAUGGCGUUGCAUGUUACACGACCGAGUAUCGGCAGUGUCUGAGCCCAAAGGGGCAGCUCUACUUGAAGGCCGACAGCGAGGGUCGUGUCGGAUGUCCGCACUUCAUGGCGCCGGAAGUGAUCCAACGGCGACAAUAUGGGAAACCCGGUGACGUCUGGUCAGCCGGAGUGCUGCUCCAUGUUCUGCUUACCGGUACGCUUCCGUUUGUCGGAUCUCGAGACAGACUACGAGAAGCGAUUUGCCGAGGGCGGGUGCAGAUGGAGACACCACUCUGGGAUCCCAUUAGUGAGCCGGCAAAAGAUCUCAUACAGAGAAUGCUUACGACCGACGUAAAUCAUAGGAUUACCAUCCAGGAGGUUCUCAACCACAAGUGGCUUAGAGAUCGUGAUAAGGGUGCAGCCCGUAUUCACUUAGGCGAUACUAUAGAAGAGCUUAAGAAAUUUAACGCGAGGCGAAAAUUGAAGGAUGCUGUAAAAGUAGCAGUCUCCUCGUCGAAAUGGCACGUCCCAUAUUCAGAAGCUAAUGGAGACAAUUUUUCCGACGUUGGCGAUGACGAGGUGACAACAGGCGCUGUAGCUGAAAUUAUGGAUUCCUUGGAUGACAUCGAGAUCCUCGAAGAAAGUGACAGAUUGUUACGGGCGGAAGUUAUUCACGCUGUUGAUGACCAUCGGCUUCGAGCCGUUUUAGAGCUUUAUGACAGGAUCUCAGGUCGUGUGCCAACGCCGUACCGAGCACCGCAAACAGAUGCAGUCCAACGUGCCCGCGAAGUCGAAGAGAUCCUUCGGGAAGCAGAGCAUUCAGCGGUGCGAAAUAUCGAUAGAGCCGAUCUCCGGGAGCUUCACGAAUUAUUGGUCCAGCCGCAUAUGAGGGCACUCCUACAAGCGCAUGACGUCGCCAGUCACGAAGUGUACGGCGAGGAAGCCACCAGAGUAACACCGCCUCCGCUUCUCACAUACCUGAAUGGCGGCGACGACCUCGAAGGGCAAAACGGCGAUUUAGAUGAGAAAAUUACUCGCGUCAGAUUGGUGCAAUUCCAGAAGAAUACAGAUGAGCCGAUGGGAAUCACGCUGAAAAUGAACGAGGACGGGCAAUGCUUCGUUGCGCGGAUUAUGCACGGCGGGAUGAUCCAUAGACAAGCCACUCUUCACGUUGGUGAUGAGAUCAGAGAGAUCAACGGUAUACCAGUUCAGAAUCAAUCCGUUAAUGCCUUGCAAAAGAUUCUGCGGGAGGCACGAGGAUCGGUGACUUUCAAAAUCGUGCCGUCUUACAGGAGCGCGCCGCCCCCCUGCGAGUUGUUCAGGAUUAAGCCUCUGCCAGUGUUAAUUUUCGUUCGAGCGCAAUUCGACUACGAUCCACUGGAGGAUGAAUUGAUACCUUGCGCGCAAGCCGGGAUCGCGUUUAAGACCGGCGAUAUUCUGCAAAUCAUCAGCAAAGACGACCAUCACUGGUGGCAAGCGCGGAAGGAUAACGCGGCUGGCUCCGCGGGUCUUAUCCCUUCGCCCGAACUUCAGGAAUGGCGCAUCGCCUGCAUGUCAAUGGAGAAGAACAAGCAAGAACAAGACGCUGAAGGAGAAGGUGGAUGUUCUUCUCACACCGAAGGCUGCGACGGCUCGACAGUAAAUUGCUCAAUAUUCGGCCGAAAAAAGAAGCAAUACAAGGAUAAAUAUCUCGCAAAGCACAAUGCCGUUUUCGACCAGCUGGAUCUGGUGACUUACGAAGAGGUCGUAAAGCUUCCUUAUCCUGCCUUCCAACGGAAAACGUUAGUAUUAUUGGGAGCACAUGGCGUCGGUCGACGACACAUAAAGAAUACGAUUAUCUCCAAGCAUCCCGAUAAAUACGCCUAUCCUAUUCCGCAUACAACGAGGCCUCCACGAAGCGACGAAGAAAAUGGUCGUAAUUACUAUUUCGUAUCACACGAUGAGAUGAUGGCAGACAUAGCUGCUAAUGAAUACCUCGAAUACGGUACACACGAAGAUGCUAUGUAUGGAACUAAACUCGAAACUAUUCGCAAAAUUCACGAAGAAGGCAGAAUGGCCAUAUUGGAUGUUGAACCACAAGCAUUGAAAGUUUUACGGACUGCUGAAUUUGCACCUUACGUCGUCUUCAUCGCUGCACCAGCGUUCGCAAAUGUUACGGAUUUCGACGGUAGUCUGGAACGAUUGGCGAAGGAGUCGGACAUGCUGAAGCAGGCGUACGGGCACUUCUUCGACUUGACCAUCGUGAACAACGACCUCGACGAGACGAUCGCCCAGCUGGAGGCCGCGAUCGAGCGUGUGCACACGACACCACAGUGGGUACCAGUUUCUUGGGUCUACUGACAGCGGUCCUCGCCGAUUCGUCAGAUCGCUACCGCGGACUGCAACGGCUCGUCGAGGAUGAAGUAGUGAUCACCGGCACCGUAACGAACUCGUCGCGAAGAUCUGACAGUGACGUCGACAGCCGCCAGGCCGUAUCCUGGUGAAGAACGUGCCGCAGGCAGUUACGUCGGACCAAUCAAACGUACUCGCCGCCGAUCUCGGCUCGCCGGUGAAACAAUCGACUGGAGUGCGUGAUUAUAUGAUGGCCGUGUGUUCAUGAAGUUCUUUAAACACCGCUGCAUAGUUGUUAUUAUACAGUCGCGGGACACGAGGGGGCACCAGCGACGUGUUCGGAAUCGUCCUGACGUCGAUGAGCAUCGCCGCCGCGUCCAUCACCGAGACGUCGGAUCUAUCAGAAAUCGCACGCGUCAGCAUCGGGCGUGACGAAGUCAGUGACGGCCAUGGCGUCACGAUGCGUCUAGAAACGGACGCUUUCUCGCGGACCACCAAUUUCUCCUGCACCUGCUUCUCUUUCUCUUUCUUGUCCCUCUUUCGAAAUUUCAUAAAAAGAUGAGACACGAGUAACAUCGAUCAGCUGGGACUCCUCUCGAACGAGACUGCUGCGAAUGCAAUGUCUUUCUCUCUAUUCCACACAGCCUGUCGCAUUUUUUGACACAUUCCUGACGCGUAUCCACACGAAUUUUCUUUACGACGGUCCUCAGGGCAAUCGUUUUACGACGCGAACCGUGGCAUAACGGUAGCGCGACAACACAAGUACCAACAAAUAUUCUGCGAAAUGCGAAGAAAAGAAACAGAAACGAAAAACAAUGGCCGUUCAUGCUUCACGCGGACGUCAACCGAGCGACUGUACCUUCGUACUCCUACCUGCGGAAUCUAUCAGUCGACUUCCCGUAAACUGUAAUUGCCUCCUAUCGUACUUUAUCGUAACUAUUUAAACGAAAAGAAGCUAGAGAUCGCGCGGCACGGCAGUGCCCAUAAAUAUAUACAUAUAUGUAGCGAAAGACGAGGGUCCCAUCGCAAUAAUCGAAACCCGUCUAACCGUUCAAUCAGAAAGAAAAAAAAAAAA